AUGGCUACCGAAGAAUUCAAUCAACUCCUCAACGGCUCCUCCUCCCGCCUCACAAACCAUCCCGAAGACAACGACGUCGCCGAGCGACUUUCUUCCACCCACCUCUCCUCUGACGAAGAUGAUCGCGCUCCAGCUGCAACUCAGCACCCGGAAGAUGAUAACGAGCCCCUGUCCAGCAGACCGUACAACACUGUUGUUCCGCAAAGGAGGUAUCAGGCUAAUACGGGGCCGAAGGGGGUGAUUGCCGAUGCGCAGAAGUUCCGCGAGGCGAGGAGGGGGGUGAAUGGUGCGCAGAGAAUGAAUGGUGGUUCUGGGAUUGCACAGCAGGAGGACAAGGACGCGGGAAAGAAAUUUGGCGAUCGCGAAAAAGCAGAGAAAGGAGAAAGGUCAGAUGAUGACUUCGAUGGACUGGACGACGACGAAGACGACGAGUUCAUGGCGAGAUGGCGCUCGAGUAGAAUGCAGGAGAUGCGCAAAGGCGGCGCCUCCGCAUACAAGACCCAAACAACCCAGCGAGGAGCACGAACAUACGGCUCCCUCUCCACCGUCGACGCCGCCGGCUACCUGCACGCCGUCGACCACUCUCCCCCCGGCACGCUGGUGCUCGUGUACAUCUACGACGACGACUCGGACGUGUCCAUCGCGAUUGAAGAGGCGCUGCGCGACCUUGCGCAAAUGCGGCCCAGUGUCAGGUUCGUGCGGCUGCACUUUGUGGAGGCGGAGAUGGAGCCCGCGGGCGUGCCGGCGCUGCUGGCCUAUGUGGAUGGAGAGAAGUUUGCGGGCUUGGUGCCGGUUGUGGAUGAGUUGCCUGAUGAGGGGGAGCUGAGCGCGGAGACUUUGGAGGGGGUUUUGAGGAGACAUCGGAUUCUGCGAUGA